UGUAAGAGUGAGGUGGAGGAGGACAUUCCAGGAGAUGUCACCACAGAAACUUCCAGUAAGAAAUCUGAAGAAAACAUCACGUUAUCCCUAAAUUAUAAAGAAGAGGAUGACAAUAUCGUGCAGUGGCCUUCUGAAGGAAACCUCAUUACCCUUAAUAUACAUCCACGACUUAACAGGACCAACCUAUCCUAUAAUCCCCCUAAUCGUGAGGAACGGUCUCCUGACCAAUCAAAGUUAGUUGCCACAAGCAUCAGGCAGAAAGGGGUUAAAAGGUUUCAAUGUGGUGAAGUGUUUAAAGAAAGCUCAGGUCUUUGUACACACAGGAGAAUUUACACAAGGAAGAAGCCAUACUCCUGUUUAGAAUGUGGGAAGUGCUUUACACAUAAUUCAAAUCUUCUUAGACAUCAGAGAAUUCACACAGGAGAGAAGCAAUUUUCAUGUUCAGAAUGUGGGAAGUGCUUUACAUAUAAAUCACACCUUGUUAUCCAUGAGAGAACUCAUACAGGAGAGAAGCCAUAUUCAUGUUCAGAAUGUGGGAAAUGUUUUACAGAUAUAUCAAAUCUUGUUAAACAUCAGAGAAAUCACACAGGAGAGAAACCAUAUUCAUGUUCAGAAUGCGGGAAAUGUUUUACAUAUAAAUCUAGUUUAGCUAAACAUGAGAGAAGUCAUACAGGAGAGAAGCCAUUUUCAUGUUCAGAAUGUGGGAAGUGCUUUCCAUAUAAAUCACACCUUGUUAUCCAUGAGAGAACUCAUACAGGAGAGAAACCCUAUUCAUGUUCAGAAUGCGGGAAGUGUUUUACAUAUAAAUCUAGCUUAGCUAAACAUAAGCGAAUUCACACAGGAGAGAAGCCAUAUUCAUGUUCUGAAUGUGGGAAGUUCUUUUCACAUAAAUCAAAUCUUGAUGUACAUGAGAGGCGUCACAUAAGAGAGAAACCCUUUUCACAUAGGAUGAUGGGCGAUCCCCCAUGUAAGAUUGAGGUGGAGGAGGACAUUCCAGGAGAUGUCACCACAGAAAAUUCCAGUAAGAAUUCUGUGGGAAACUUCAUGUUAUCACUAAAUUAUAAAGCAGAAGAUGAAGAUGUCAUGCAGAACUCUUCAGGAGAAAAACUAGUUAUCCUUAAUGUACAUUCAGGACUUCACAGUGCAGAUCUAUCAUAUAAUUCCCGUAAUCAAGAGGAAUCUUCUCCUGACCAAUCACAUAUUGUUACCACAAUUAUAGGUCAGAAAGAGGCUAAAAGGUUCCUCUGUGGUAAAGAGUUCAGAAAAAGCUCAGGUCUUUCUACACACAGAAAAAUUCACACAGGAGAGAAGCCAUAUUCAUGUUCAGAAUGUGGGAAAUGCUUCAUAGGUAAAUCAAGUCUUCUUAAACAUGAGCGAAUUCACACUGGAGAGAAGCCAUAUUCAUGUUCCGAAUGUGGGAAAAGUUAUGCAAAUAAAUCACAUCUUAUUACACAUGAGAGAAUUCACACAGGAGAGAAACCAUAUUCAUGUUCAGAAUGUGGGAAAUGUUUUACACAGAAAUCACAUCUUAUUAAACAUGAGAGACGACACAAAGGAGAGAAGCCAUAUUCUUGUCCAGAGUGUGGGAAAUGUUUUACAGAUGAAUCAAGUCUUGUUAGACAUAAGAGAAUUCACACAGGAGAAAAACCGUAUUCAUGUUCAGAAUGCGGGAAAUGUUUUACAGAUGAAUCAAGUCUUAUUAGACAUGAUAGAAGUCAUACAGGAGAGAAGCCAUAUUCAUGUUCACAAUGUGAGAAAAUUUUUACGCACAAAUCAAGUCUUGUUACACAUGAGAGAAUUCACACAGGAGAGAAGCCAUAUUCAUGUUCACAAUGUGGGAAAUGUUUUAUAGAUGAAUCAAAUCUUUUUAGACAUGAGAAAAGUCACAAAGUAGAGAAACAGUAUUCCUGUUCAGAAUGUGGUAAAUCUUUUACACAGAAAUCACAUCUUAUUAGACAUGAGAGAAUUCACACAGGUGAGAAACCAUAUUCAUGUUCAGAAUGUGGGAAAUGUUUUGCAGAUAAAAAAAAUCUUGUUACACAUGGCAGAAGUCACACAGGAGAGAAACCAUAUUCAUGUUUAGAAUGUGGGAAAUGUUUUAUAGGUGAAUCAAAUCUUGUUAGACAUGAAAGAAGUCACACAGGAGAGAAACCGUAUUCAUGUUCAGAAUGUCAAAAAUCUUUCACACAGAAAUCACAUCUUAUUAGACAUGAGAGAAUUCAUACAGGAGAGAAACCAUUUUCGUGUUCAGAAUGUGGGAAAUGUUUUGCAGACAAAACAAAUCUUGUUAUACAUGGCAGAAGUCACACAGGAGAGAAACCAUAUUCAUGUUCACAAUGUGGGAAAUGUUUUGCAGACAGAUCAAAUCUUGUUACGCAUGAGAGAAUUCACAAAGUAGAGAAACUAUACAAUGAAUGUGGGAAAUGCUUUAAAGAUAAAUCAACAUUUGUUACACAUCAGAGAAGUCACACAGAAAAUAAAUCGUUUUGACUUUUUAUAUGUGAAAAAUGCUUUGUAGGUGCAAUGUCCUUACUGCAAGUGUUAAUGUCACUGUAUUUUGUGCAUUAUAUGUCCCGUAGGCUGUAUAUUGAGAGAGAUAGGGGGACUUCCUAGCUACUGUUGCUAGGUAGGGCUGGCACUAUCCCUUCCUUUCUAGGAUGAACUGAAGUUCAACCUAGUGUGAGCUGCAGAUAAAAAACAGCUAAGGAGCAGAACUGACAGGGAGAACCUCUCACCUUAUGGAUUAAAAAGCAGCACAUUGACAAUAUAUGUGCCAGUUAUUAAAAAACUGCAGAAAGCUAAUCAGCCAUAUAAUGAGGAUUGCAGAUAAUUUUUAGAGAAAGGUAAUGCACUUCUAUCAAGGUUACAGAUUUCUCUGCAUAUUGGUGGGAACAAUAAACUCCAGGCUCCCCGUUAUAACAAAAGGACUGAAAGGGCCCUCUUUUCAUAGGCUGUAUUCCUUUGUGGAUACUGGGAACAUAUAUAUAUAUAUAUAUAUAUAUAUAUAUAUAUAGAGAGAGAGCAACCCUUUAAGCUAGGAAAGGAGA